AGCCUAUCACAGGCGGUGAUGAUGUAAACAAGGAAGUGGCUGAUGGAACUUCGGGGGAAAACCAACCAUAGGCAUAAAUAUAUCGAAAACAAGCUAGAUGCGAAGAAGCUUUCUUUUUAACGAAUUUAUAUCCUUAAAAACGCGCCUCUGGGUUGAAUAUUAAAACAUUUUCGGAAUUUGUUUUUGAUUCUGUAUUGGUAGUAAGGCGUUCGUGUGGAAGGAAAUGGAAGAAAAACACAAAAGGAUCCUUCGCCGAAACCGAGUUCAUCUGGUAAAGGAGUUGGACCUGUCGGACCUCUGUGAUGUUCUCCUUAGAAAAGACGUGUUCACCCAAAGCAUGAUAAACGACAUAAAGAACUGUGAGACCAAACGGGACCAGGCCCGAAAAUUGGUUAAGGACUUAGAGACCCGCGGGAAUGAGGCGUUUUCGGCUUUUCUGGAGGGCCUUCGGGUCACGGGUCAGCAGAAUCUGCUGGAGCUACUCCAGAAAUCAGCUCCAAGAGUCCAUUUCCAGCCUGGGAAAUCCACGGAGGCGGGAUACCUUCUAAUCCAGCCUCAUCCAGUUUACAUUGAAGAUGCUGUUCCAAAGAAGCCCAGGACCCAACCUAGUCCACCACCUGACGAGGUGUUCAAGGGGCCAGAGGUCCGACCACGACGGGACAGCAUCCAGUACUAUAAGAUGGAUGCCAGGCCAUGCGGUCUUUGUCUUAUCAUAAACAACGUGGAAUUUGAGCCAAAAACUGAGCUCAGCAUUCGCAAAGGAUCCAACGUGGACUGUGACAAGCUAGAGAAACGAUUCAAGUCGCUUAACUUCGUGGUGGAAGUCCGGACAAAUCUGAAACAAAGGCAAAUCAAAUCUGAGCUGUCAGCUUUGUCCAGGAAGGAUCAUUCCAUUUACGACUGCUGUGUGGUCGUCAUACUCUCACAUGGGACAGAGGUCCGCCACAACAAGAUCAGAUCAGCUGGGAGCUGGAUAGAAAUAGACCAGGUGAGCCACAACCGCUUCCCAGGUGCGGUCUACGGUGUGGAUGGAAAUCACGUCUCAGUUCAGGAAAUCACAAACUACCUCAAUGGCCAGAACUGCCCCUCCUUACAAAGCAAACCCAAAAUUUUCUUCAUCCAGGCCUGUGGUGGAGGGGAAAAGGACAUUGGCUUUGAGGUUUCCCCUGAUGAGGCUAAACCCUCCAUUGGUGGAGAUGGGGACCAAACAGACGCCAUUCCUUUUUCAUCUAGCAGCGAGUCUCUGAGCACGUCGGAUGAAACUGAUGCCAUACCAACGCUGCCCACCCCCAGCGACAUCCUGGUCUCUUACUCUACUUUCCCUGGCUACGUUUCCUGGCGAGCUACAGUCUCAGGAUCCUGGUAUGUGGAGGUUCUGGACAACAUUCUCGAGGAACAUGCUGCAACUCUAGACCUGACAACAAUGUUGACGUUGGUAAACGAUAAGGUUUCCCAAAACUCUGCAAAAGGCCUCUACAAACAAAUGCCUGGCUCCUUCAAUUUCCUCCGCAAGCACGUCUACUUCCAAACCUCAGAGUAACGGGAGAACAAAACAGCUACAGAAUAAAGGCAAACCCCUUUUCUUGCAUAGUGCAUGCACCCAGAAAUGGACUUUUUUGUCACGUUGUACCAGAGAAUCCUGUUAUCUAAAUGCCUUCAAGUGUUUUUGGAAUUUCUUAAUGGAUGUUUGUGACGUGGGUGUUAUUUUGAAAGGGCACAUAUCCAUACAUGGAUGUAAAUGGCCUUCUACUGUCAUAUACUCUGUGCAACAGUUGUCUGGAUGAGGGAAUAAAGGGGGAUUCCUGAAUGUCAUUUUCUAAAAAAUAAGUAGAUGUUGAGGAAGUGUUUGCCUGUUUUCAUGUGUAUUAUUCAAAAUAAAUGCUAAAGCAUCUGAA